CCGUUUCCCCGCCUUCCCGCGGAGGCGCCUGGGCGCCGAGGAGCCGGUGGAGCCCGCAUCCCGCCCCGCAGCACCCGCCGGAGGGAAGGCGGCUGGAGGCGCUGCCGCCCACCCGCCCCACAGUUCUGAGGACUCAUUUCAUCAUGACCUCUUUUGAAGAAGCUGGAACUGAAGAAACAGUAACAUGUCUCCACAUGACCUUUUACCAUCCGUGCCAAGAAGACAAGAUGAUGUUUCGUUGCUUGAAUUUCCGUAAGCGAGAACAGGUCAGGGUAGAUGAAAUGCCCAAGUUCGGCCGCGAUUCUAAUGUCUGCCGUUAUAACUUAAUGGACACUCGCGUUUCUCGGGUUCAGUUUGCAGUGCAGUUUUACAGGAAACUGGACAGCUCAGAAUUUUGUUUUGAGAUCAAGAACAUGAGCAAGAAAACAAAACUGCUUGUGGACCAAACAGAACUGGGGUACUUAAACAAAAUCGACCUGCCAUGGAAGUGCAUCAUAUGUUUUGGGGACUACCAGAUUUUAGCAGAGAUUGAAGAAGGGGAGUCCGUGGAUUAUUUUGAGACUUACUUACACUUGUCUGAAGUGCCAAUCUUACAAGAAAGAUGCCUGCCAUCCCUGCUGCCUAUACCGGAGAAUGGCAUUUCUCCUUCCUUGUUUCCUUCCCAAGGCAAAAGCCCCAUGGAGAUUGAUGAGAACGAGUCGUGCUAGCAAGGAGAAGGAGGCUGGAUCAGAUUUUGAUCAAUUGAAGCCUGCGCAAUUUCUGAAAUGGAAGGCUGUCAUCUCAGUCCACUGGUCUUGAUGGUUUUCACCGCUGCACAUCAGCCUUCUUACUUCUUGUUUUCGGCACGGCCACAUCAGAACGUAUUUUGUUCAACAGAAAGAGAUUCCUGCCACUGUCUUCACCAGGACAUCCGUGCUCUCUGAGCACCACUGUUUGCCAUGUAACGUGUGGGAGACAGAGGGCCACCCAAAUCCAUCGCAGCAGAUUCCAUUCAAGAACUGCGACGGCACGCCUCGAAGGUAUAUUUAACAGGCGUUACUGUAGAGCACGCAGAACAGUGUUUUCACUAAGCAGGGGCCUAACGUCUCGCUGCAUUUGUUAUACUUUGUGCUUUGCUUUUGAUGUGAAAUUCCAAACAGUAUUUUCAAGCCUACGUUGUAACUUCCCAGAUUUUACAGCUUAGAAGCACUUUGUCAGCAUAGUCCUUUAAACUUAAUGUUUUUAUUAACUUAGCAGUGAGAUUUUUCUUCUGUUUUUAAAAUGCGUGCAAAUAUGUAUUUCUUGCAAGUUAACUGCUUUUGCUUGUGAAUGUAAACACGCACACAGUGUCAGUGAUCACGGUAUGUAAAAAUCCGGAUAAACUUUAUAAUAAAAGCAUUUGGUUGCCGAGCAGGGACCUGCUGUCUUCUACAGCUACAAUCUAAAAGCACUUAAUGGUGAAUAAAAUUAUUUCCAGGACAAUCCAGAUAAGAGA